CAAGAAGAGAUCUUCCAAGGCAGUUUGAAAGAGUUUUAUUUUACAGAUUCUUAAAGAGUUCAAAUUAGAUGGAAGCAGCAGCUGCAAAGGAGAAAAGCCAAGUUCAUGUGAGGAGGAAGCCUUCGCCCUGACAUUGUAUUGACAUUGAACCUGGUGAGACCCACGGCCGAUGGUGAGUGGGUCUUUUCAGCUGGUUCUGUCCGAUCAGCUUCUAUAAUAAAUGCAGUCAAAGGGGCAGUCACUUCUCAUCGGUCACAAGGGUCUUGUUUUUGAACGUCACCCUCACAAAAGCCGUUUCUCAACAUGCCAAACCAGCAGAAGAAAGUCAUUUUUUGCAUGGCUGGGGUGUUAAGCUUUGCGUGUGCCCUCGGAGGUGUCACAGCCCUGGGAACACCGCUGUGGAUCAAAGCCACCUUUCUCUGCAAAACGGGGGCUCUGCUCGUCAACGCCUCAGGACAGGAGCUGGACAAGUUCACGGGUGAGAUGCAGUAUGGGCUUUUCCACGGAGAAGGCAUGAGGCAGUGCGGGUUGGGAGCCAGGCCCUUUCGGUUCUCAUUUUUCCCAGAUUUGCUCAAAGCGAUCCCAGUGAGCAUCCACGUCAAUGUCAUUCUCUUCUCCAUGAUCCUUAUCGUUCUAACUAUGGUGGGGACAGCCUUCUUCAUGUACAAUGCAUUUGGCAAGCCCUUUGAAGCCCUGCAUGGUCCACCUGGGUUGUAUCUUCUGAGCUUCAUCUCAGGCUCCUGCGGCUGUCUUGUCAUGAUAUUGUUUGCCUCUGAAGUGAAAAGCCACCACCUCUCAGAAAAAAUUGCAAAUUAUAAAGAAGGGACUUACGCCUACAAAACACAAAGUGAAAAAUACACCACCUCAUUCUGGGUUGUUUUCAUUUGCUUUUUUGUUCAUUUUUUGAAUGGGCUCCUAAUACGACUUGCUGGAUUUCAGUUCCCUUUUGCAAAAUCUAAGGACACAGAGACAACUAAUGUAGCUGCAGAUUUAAUGUACUGAAAGACACAUUUCUGUAAUUUUCCAAAUAAGGAAGUGGACUAGCUUUGGUCACAUGGAUAUGGUUAAUUUUGUCCAUUCUUUUCCUUGCACAAAUUAAACCAUCCACACCCUCCGUGGUAAUGUUUACAACUAUAUACGUACUAAGCAUACAGGCUGGAAAUUAAGGGGAGCAGAAGGAAGCCUUUCGAAGGUUGUUUUACCUGGUGGGAACUUUCUGCGCUCAGGUAAUCAAGGUAGUUGACUAGAAUGGACAAAUUGUCACUCCACGUACAUACCUAAGGGCAAACUCCCUGCUCCUUCAUGGAGGAAUCAAAAGGCACAGGGAAUACAUUUUAAUACAAACAAGUACUAUUUCUGAUCUAUCCACACAUAUGUUGCCACAGAUACCAGAAAACAGAGCUAGAAUCACUUCCUAAAAUGAUAGUACAUUAAAUGAGUAUUAAUAAAAUGUAUCAAUGUACUUUAUUUUAAAAGUCUGCUUAA